AUGCUCUGGUUAUCAGUGGCAUGUAUCCUCCUGGAGAUCUGCUUUCUGAGGAUACCCAAAGUGGAAGGAUUCUCACUGUUCCCUCCACAACUUAACCCUUCUCUAAAAUCCUGUCUUCGCCGUGACAGAGCCACAUCCACCACUUCCACCACCUCCACCAGGCUGAUGCAAUCUAACGAUGACAAAGAGGAUGACGACGAAGAACGACGUAUGGAAAUGGUACGACAGCUGCAAAAGACAUUUUAUCAAUCCACCGCCACAACAAGUAGUGAUGAAGACAAAGACGAAGGACCGUAUCUGGAACCCGAAACAGGUCGCAUGAUGCAUCUGCCCUUAUGGCGCGUAGGAUGGAUCGAAGUACCGGGACGGGCCAAUUGUUUGAACGUGCACGAAGGUCACUAUACGAACAUGUUUGAAAAGAUUCUAGCGACGCCCAAAGAAGAAAAUGGCUGGUAUUUUGGACAUUUGCACUUGCCGGGCGGAACCAAAGCAUCUCGCAGCAAUGAACCCCAAUUUGCACUCAAAACGUGGCAAGAAGAAUGUCAAGACGACACGCGAUUUGACAUUCCAGAACGAUCGGCCGUGGUGGGCACAUUGAUGCGGAUUGCCGAUUAUCGACGCAUCCAAGACGGACGCUUGGUCAUUCUGGUGCAUGCACUGGAACGGUUCGUCGUGGAUACCGUCGUGCAAUCGUUCCCCCAUGGUGUGGCCCAUGUACAGAUAUUACCCGAUACAGACUUGUGGAUGUCGGACGCUACGAGCAAAAUGGACGAGAACUUUGCCAAGGUGAAACGAGCCAAGGCCGUGGCGGACGCCUUUUCGUAUUAUCACGACUACGAAUGUGAUCCCAGCAUCGUUCUGGCAUUGCCACAAGAUACGGAAUAUAUGAAGGCACAAGAUAUCUUUGGAGUCGAGAUUGCCAAGUGCCUUCCAUUUGCCUUUCUCGCCGAACAAGAUACUCUACUGCCAGAGCCAGAACAACAACCAGAAGAAGCAGAAGAAGCUUCCUUCGCCGGCGGCACCCCCUUGUUGGAAGACCUGUUGCAGCGAGACCUCAUUUUACGCAAUCCGCCACCUGUCGUCGGUAUCAAGAGUCUAUUGCUGCCAGAUCCAACAAUGAAUGAUGAUGACGAAGGCAACCAAUCUGCUCCAACGACGGACGAUCUGGAACGACUCGUCUGGCAAAACUUGCAAGACUUGUGCCGUGCCGCACGCUAUAAAUUACCGCUGGAAAUUGCCCGUCUCAAACCACCCGGCAUGGAGGAUGUAUUGCCAACAGAACAACCCCAAACAAUCGAACAUUCCGUGUCGACCAAAUAUCCCAAAGCACGACGGCAGUGGCGGCUGAGCUUUCAUGUCGCCAGCCAAUUGGAGAACAUCAGUUCGGAAGGUGUCAUGGAACUGCGACACAAAAUGCUCAUGACGCCAUCGACACGCUACCGAUUGGCGGCCCUUGUGGAACGACUCCAAGACAUUAACAACACGUACAUGGGACAAUUUGAAUGA